AUCGCGGAAUAAAAGAUGGACGAGGUUUUCAACUUCAAGUUUUAGAGAGAGAGAGAGUUUUUUUUCUUCAAAUAGAUACUUUUCUUCUUCUGCUUGUCAAUGUCACUGACCCUUCUUAAGUUUUUACAAAUUUAACAUUAACCCAAAAGAGACCCAGAAAGAAGUUUCGAUCUUUUCCUUUUUCUGGGUUUCUUGGUGAAGAUCAUGAAGAACAGCGAUGAGCAAUCAAGGUCUCUGUUUGGGAUUUCUCUCUCUGAUAAGCCUAGAUGGCAACAAUUUCUCAUCUGUUCUUCUGGGUUCUUCUUCGGUUACCUCGUCAAUGGCGUCUGCGAGGAAUAUGUAUACAAUCGGCUUCAUUUCAGCUACGGGUGGUAUUUCACGUUCGUACAAGGAUUUGUGUACGUGUUGUUGAUAUACCUUCAAGGGUUCAGUACUAAGCAAAUGGUGAAUCCAUGGAAGACAUAUGUCAAGCUUUCGGCCGUUCUUAUGGGUUCCCACGGUCUCACUAAAGGCUCCUUGGCUUAUCUCAAUUACCCUGCUCAAAUCAUGUUCAAAUCCACUAAGGUUUUGCCGGUGAUGAUAAUGGGAGCGUUUAUACCAGGAUUGAGGAGGAAGUACCCGGUUCACGAGUAUAUAUCGGCUCUUCUACUUGUGGUUGGACUUAUCCUAUUCACGCUGGCCGAUGCCCAGACCUCCCCGAACUUCAGCAUGAUCGGGGUGGUGAUGAUAUCGGGCGCCUUGAUCAUGGAUGCCUUCCUCGGUAACUUGCAAGAAGCGAUAUUCACCAUGAAUCCCGACACCACACAGAUGGAGAUGCUGUUCUGCUCAACGGUGGUGGGUCUGCCAUUCUUGCUUGCUCCUAUGGUUCUCACCGGCGAGAUUUUCAGAGCUUGGACUUCUUGUGCUCAGCAUCCGUACGUGUAUGGAGUGUUGGUGUUCGAAGCCAUGGCGACUUUCGUCGGGCAAGUCUCCGUUCUCUCCCUCAUCGCUCUCUUCGGCGCCGCCACCACUGCUAUGAUAACGACGGCGAGGAAAGCGGUGACGUUGUUAUUGUCGUAUGUGAUAUUCACGAAGCCGUUGACGGAGCAACAUGGCUCGGGCCUUUUGUUGAUCACAAUGGGCAUUAUUCUCAAGAUGGUUCCCGACCCUAAGUGGCCAGGGUCGGUUUCGGGUUCGGGUUCGGGUCAGAGACCUGGGAAGUCGGGUCGGGUCAAAUCGGAUACCCGGGAAGAGGGUCAACAUCAAGGAGAUGCCGACGAAGAGAAAAGGCCUCUGGUGUGAGGAAACACUCACGCCAACAAAAAAACGAAAAGAAAAGAAGGAUGAAGGCUCUUAUUAUUCAUUGAAUUCACUAAAUAAAUGGCUUUGUGUAGUUUUAUGUGUUGUUGGAAUGUAAUUCUUCUUACUUGUAAUUUAAGACCAACCCACGUGAUGAUAUAUGUUUUAUGGUAUUUGUUAGUAAUUGAACUUGGAA